GUCCAUAGCCAUGUGAUGUGUUUGAGGAACGCUUCAUGUAAAACCAGGAAACGUAAAUCGUGCUGAUCUUGGUACCAAAUAUAGUGCACCUGCUCUCCUCCCCAAAGCAAGUGCUCUCAACUUUUCAGAAAGAUUGUUUCGAAUUUUGUCUUUGCGGGUUCGUGAAAAACGCGAUUUGUUAUUUCCAAAUCUAGACAGCAGGACGAAUUAUUCUUUUAAAGACAGUUCGUACCGGCUGAAAUCUGAUGGUGUUAAUCCAGUUCAGUGGUCUUGGAAGUACACUUUUUGGCCAACGCUUUAUUCUUUUCUGUCAGUCUUUCUCCUAUGCCCGUGAGAAAUACACGGCUGCUACACACCACCAGGCUCGAAUUCUGGUAUUCAUUACAUUUCGAGGGCUGCGGACGUCGCUCCCUUCACUAGGAUCGUUUGUUGAGCGGAGACCUGGAAGGUGUUGACGCCUUGUUCUGAUGCAUCGCUUCGCGAUCCGUAAUAAGAGAGAAUCUGUGGAGGCAACAACAUACCCGGUCGUCGCAGGCGAGGCAGAAAUUGAUUUCUACCAUUGAGGGUUCAUUUUGUAUGCCUUUUUACAUUCCUGUAUGCAACGAUGAGUGAGACGGCAACAACAGAGUUCGACGGGUCCGUAGUGCAUCCGGAUUUGGAGUACGAGAGAAAAAGAUGUUCAUUCAGAAUUCCGGAUUUCACUUACGCACUGUAUGGCCGAGAAGGUUUUGCGGUCCUUACGAAGCUCCGCUUAGCCCUUGCCCGAAAUCCAGCCUUUGACCUGAGAUACUUGUGGUCAGCAGAUGGAACCACUCAACAGUACGUCCGGGGCUGUUGGUUGGCGGAGGAGGUUGUUAAGGUGAUUCGACAGCUGGAGUUAAUCGACCGUGAUGACGCUAUUGGUCCUCUACAAAUCCUUGCCGGGGAAGAUAUGUUUGUGAUGCUUCAUCUGACAAUGUUCCUUCCAACGCUAAAGAACAUGUGCGAUGAAGAACAGGCACGUUACUGGGUUCCUCUAGCCGAGGAUUUCCGGAUUAUUGGCACCUACUGUCAGACUGAGCUGGCUCACGGUUCGAACGUUUCGGGUUUAGAAACGACUGCAGAUUUCGAUGACAAGACUGAUGAGUGGGUUCUUAAUACUCCCUCCCUCCAGUCGACGAAAUGGUGGCCUGGCGGACUGGCGAAAUCGUGUACGCACUGCGUAUGCAUGGCCCGUCUUCGAAUCCACGAUAAAGACUACGGAGUACACCCUUUCAUUCUUCAGGUCCGAGAUCUAAACACUCACGAAAGCUUGCCAGGUGUUAAGUUGUUUCACAUCGGCAAAAAGCUUGGCUAUAACAGCAUGGAUAAUGGCGGCGUCCAGCUCCAUAACGUGCGAAUACCACGCCGAAACCUGCUAAUGAAGUACUGCCAUGUUGAUAGACAGGGGACUUACAAACCUUUGGGAAGUAAGAAGCUCAUGUACGGCACCAUGACGUUCACACGGAAACAAAUCAUCAUGGCUGCUGGACCGCAGCUCGCCAAGAGCGUCGUGAUAGCAAUUCGGUACAGCGCCGUCAGGCGGCAGUUUCCGAUGACCAUGAAGAAGCACGAAACGAAGGACAGCAGUCGGGAUGCAGAGGUUCAGAUUUUGGAUUACAGCACUCAACAGAUCACCCUGUUUCCUCUCCUCGCUGCAGCUGUCGCGUACACUGUCACAGGAAUAUGGAUGGAUGCCUUCUACAACAGCUUCAUCGAAGACGCAAAGAAAGAUGAUUUCUCGAAACUUGAAGAAAUCCAUGCUGUGACGAGUUGCCUCAAAGCGAUGAUGUCUCUCUCCGUGGCCGACGGAAUGGAAAAGUGCAGAAAGGCCUGUGGAGGUCACGGAUUUCUGCUCGCCUCAGGCAUCCCGAUCCAAUUCGUCAACUUCGUGCCUGUUGCCACAUACGAGGGUGACAGGGUUGUCCUUUCGGUCCAGACCGCACGUGUGCUCUUGAAAAUCGUCCAAAGGAAAAUGAUGAGUAGAGACCCGAAACACACGCUGGCGGGUACCACCCUCGAAUACAUUCAUAAUUUCGACCCCUUUGGAGAUCAUCAGCCUCCCGCUAUUGAAAAUACCCCUUGGUUCGAUCCAGACUGGCUUAUGGAGAUCCACAGGAGAAGAUCGUGUGGCUUGGUCUACAAGGCAGCGCAGCAGUAUGCGGCGGAGACCAGCAGUGGAAAAGACAUGAUGGAAGCCCUUGACUUGGUCAAAGUGGAAUUCACGCGUCUCGGUACGGCACAUGCGCAGGUUCUUGUUUUGCAUUUUUUUCUUGAGGCGGUGAAGCGUGUUGAGCUCGUGGAGGUGCGGGAAGUCUGGGUUGAUUUAUGGCUAUGCCUCGCGCUGUCUUGGUGCGACGAGCACUUUGGCGAGUUUGUGAUUACAAGAGCUCUCGGCCCUGAUCAUCACGACGGGCUGAUGACUGCCUUCAAAACCAUCCUCAGAAAAAUCCGCCCGAACGCGGUUGCCAUUGCGGAUGCCUUUUGGAUCCCAGACCAGUUGCUGAACUCUGCGCUAGGCAGGUACGAUGGACGAGUGUACGAAGCGCUGAUGGAAUCGACGAAAAUGGAGCCUUUAAAUCGCUUGGAUGUCCCUCCAGGGUACCUUGAGCAUAUUCAAUACAUUCUGCAUCCGGAGCGAAAGAAAAGAUCGUCUCCUGCUCACUCCAAGCUCUAGAGUCCGCAGCGUGAGGCCUAAGCCGACAAAGGUCCGUGGGCGUCCGCAUGCAGCCACAGAAGAAUGAAACAAACUAAAUGUUUCUACGGGCGAUUACUGUAGUUUCGCUUCAAUAACUUUUCGCGUUGCGUUGAGAUUCACGGAGAAAGCCUAGUUGACCUCUGCCGAGGGAACGUACAUCUGAGAACCCCCGCGGAAAUAAGUAUGUAUUGAUGCAUGCAUACGCAGUGGCUCGAGCAUGUAUUAAGAAGUAAACGCUUACAUAUUUGCAUGUGUGCGUGGCAUUUAUGUAUAUAAUUGCUUGUCGCUUUUGUCCUUUUUUCACGAACUCUACCGGUUGAGUUAAAGAAUUCGGCGUCGGUGAAAAUGUUGCAUUUAUCCCUUAUGCGUAAGCUUUUGCAGCCCACCAAUGCAACAGAAUAUACGACUUCUUUCAGGGUCUGUGCAGGUUUUCGGCUGCCACCGAAGGACGUUUUUCGGCAACGAAAUGAGGACAAAAAUCUGUUUUCGUUGUGCGUUCGGCGACGCCUUUGCUGAUAGAAAUUGCAGCAGCUUUCCGUCUCUGAAGAUCGGCAUUUCUUGCUUCGUGUCACCCACCAGUGAGGACGCCAGCACAGGCACCUACCGACUUGUGCGUCUCGUAUUUCAAAAUGCUUCAGUGUAGAGACCUUGAAUACGAAAUGUGGUUUAGAAAAUAGGGACGAAGG